UACUUCCCCUUUUUGGUUCCUACAAAAACUAGUCUUCCUCUUCAUUCUCUCCUUGACAUCAACACAUACGCAAAUUCACUACCUAAUUUUUUCUGCAUAAUACAAAUUUCUUCUCAAUUCUCAUCAUCAUUCAAGAACACAAAAUAUGAGUUAUUACAAUCAACAACAGCCCCCUGUUGGUGUUCCUCCUCCUCAAGGUUAUCCACCAGAGGGAUACGCUAAAGACGCUUAUCCACCACAGGGUUAUCCGCCGCAGGGAUAUCCACAGGGCUAUCCACCACAGGGAUACCCUCCUCAAGGCGGCUAUCCACCGCAGUAUGCUCCUCAGUAUGCUCAACCGCCGCCGAGACAAAAUAAUAGUUCUGGUUGUAUGGAAGGAUGUUUAGCUGCUCUGUGCUGUUGCUGCCUGCUAGAUGCCUGCUUCUGAUCACGAGAGGGGCGAUUCAUGGGCGAUUCAUGUUAGGCGUGUGAUUUAAGAAUAUAAAACUCGGGAUUGUCGCUUUAAUCUUCUUAUUCUUCUUAAAUAUUCUGUUAAUGCUUAUCUUGCACAAAUAAUUUGAAUCUUUUUCUUUAA